UUCAGAAAGAAGCUGGGGUAAAAAAGGUGGAGUGAGGCCAGAAACAUCGUGGAUGUAUUUUGGCUGCCACUGAUCCAGGCGGUUAAGUUCACAGAGAUGAUACGGUUUAUUUUCCCAUCACUUUGAGUGAAGACGAUUAGAAUCUGAAUCUUCUGUUUCAGAUAGAAUGAGACAUAGAAUUAAUAACCACUGAUCAAAGGUUCGGACCCUGAACUUGAGAUGACGUACUCCUCUUGCCACAUAUUUUUAUUACCUGUUGAUGGUGGAGGUGGAGUGGUUUACACUUUCGCCUCACAGCAUGAAGGAUCUGCAUUCAGACCUCCUGCUGGGUUGGGAUGUUUCUGUGGAGUCUGCAUGUACUUCCUGUGCCUUCCUGGGUUUCCUCUGCAUUCUCUGAUUUCCCCACACAGUCCAAAGACGUGUGUUAGGUUAAUAGGUGUCUUUUAAAUUGGCCGUGAGUGUGUGUGUGAAUGUCUGUCCAGGGCUCCAAAUUCAACAGACAAGUAAAUCGACUGAACAGGUGAUAGAGUGGGGUAACUGUUUGAUUUAUUAUACUAGUGCAUUAGUGCAGUCAAAAAAAUGGAAAAAGUUCUUUUUUGGUAAUUGAAUUCAAAAAGGUAAACGUUUGCAUACUCUGCAUUCAUUAAGACAUACAGUGAAUUAUUUCAAGAUUUUUUUUGUUUAAAUUUUGAUGAUUAUGCCUUAUAGCUUAUGAAAAUCUCACAUUAGUAGAAUAUUUACUUACACAGUAUUUCACAGUAUAAAUAUCUGUGUGACUCUGUCAACCUCAAUCAUUGGGAAGAAUGCUGAGUUGACCGUUGCUGGUGUCAGUGCAUCAAGAGGCACCACACACAGACAUCUUCAGGAAAGGAGCUACAACUGUUGCAUUCCUAAUACCAGUCCACUCCUCAGGAGUCUUAUCUAGAUAAGGAGAGGAAGAACUGGACUGUUGCUCAGUGGCCCAAAGUCCUGUCUCCAGAUUAAGGUAAAAAUUGUGUUUGAUUUGGAAAUCAAGGUCCUAGAGAAUGGAGGAAGAGUGGUGAAUCCAAGGUGUUUGGAGUCCAGUCUGAAGUUUCCACAGUUUGUGAUGAUUCUGGCCCACAGUCCAAAGUCAACACAGCUAUCUACCAGGAGAUUUUAGAGAACUUUAAUCUUACAUCUGCUGACAAGCUUUAUGGUGUUGCAGAUUACCUUUUCCAGCAGGAUUUAGCACCAGCCCACAGUGCCAAAACUACUACCAAAUGGUUUUGGGUUUUGAGUGUAUAAAUGAGCAUGCAGAUAUUUUAGUAAAUCCUUUUUUUUAUCUUAGCAAAUAUUCUAGUAAUUUGAGGUACUGGAUUUUCAGUUUUUAUGAGUUAUAUAUCGCAGUCACUAAAAUUAAAGCAAAAAAGGCUUUAAAUAUUUCAAUUUGCAUAUAAUGAGUAUAGAAUAUAUGAAAGUGUACCUUUUUCAGUUAAUUGUCUCAAAUUGUGUUCAGAGAAUGGCAGACAAGACUGUGGAUGGAGGUCCAUGGACGGGAUGCACGGUCAUGUUCCUGCAGUCUCUCUGUCCUGGUGUGAACCUGCUCUCUCUCUACAAAGACCCACAGGGAAAGUUCAUAAUUUUCAAAGUCAUCAAGCUGACACUUAUAGAUUCAGCAGGAGGUCUGGGUACAUAUGAAAUCCUGAAGGUCCAUGAUGCUGAUCCCUUCCUGGGGGUGGAGGUGAAGUUUGUGAAUGUGACAGCAUGUCGUCAGUUCCUGGAGAGCUACAGCUCUGGAGCAGUGAGGCAGUAUCUCUGCCAGCAUGCCUGCCGGCUGCUCGCUCUGCCCCAAGAGUUAACUGUGGAAACCCAGCUCAAGGCAGGCACUCACAUCCUGGAUCUGUGUCUAGAGAACUUGGAGCUUUGCCUACAGCACAUCCACCUGUCACAGCCAGAGCGCCUGCGCGAUGAGGAGAUUGAUGAGCUUGAGCAGCAGUUGCAGAGUCAGGCCCGUGGUCCUGCCUCACAGACCGCCACCAUCACACAGGAAGAGUCUCCCAUUCCCAGCAACUGCUUCGAGUUUGAGAACAGAGUGUUUGAGGACCGAAUGCUGACAGCGGCAGAUGUGCAGAGUUUUUCUAACGGAGUGGGCCGUCACUGGAAGCAUGUAGGGAGGGCACUGGGGAGGAACUGCCGCGCUCUGAAGGGUCCAGCUAUAGACAACCUGGCCUACGAGUACGAGAGAGAAGGGCUAUAUGAGCAAGCCUAUCAGCUGCUCAGCCGCUUCAUCCAGGCGGAGGGGAGGGCAGCCAAGCUGAGCCGACUGGUCAAAGCACUGGAGGACUGCAAACUCACCAGCCUUGCUGAACAUAUUCUGGGCCUCCAGCCGCGAGAGUAACUCUGAGUCCGAGCUGUGAAAACAGAGGGCGACGGGUCCUCUCUGCAUGAGGAGCAGCGACUUUGUCCUUCCUGGUUAUAUUACAUACACAGUGUGUUUGUUCUUCAUGUCUGUCAUCAUCAUCAUCUUCACAUUUCAAAUCAUUCCUCUGUGUGUGCGUGUGUGUGUGUACGUGUGUGUGUGUGUGUGUGUGUGUGUGUGUGUGUGUGUGUGUGUGUGUGUGUGUGUGUGUGUGUGUGUGUGUAUGAGUGUGUUGCACAUGUGUGAAUCAUUAAAUGAUUCACAUCUUUUUGUUUAUUACUAUUAUUGAUAAUUGUUUUCAUUUAGUUGGAAUGAUCUGUCAUCACUGUUUAAAAAAUGCUGUCGUGAGUUUAAUGCACUAUUUAAACUGUUUUCAUCAUGUUUCUCCUUUUCAAGUCAAUUUACAGAUGAAACCUGCUGGGUCUUCUUUCUAAUGAGUGUAAAACUGAAGGUUAUUGGUUGUUGUUUUUUUUUUACAAAAUG